CAGAAGAGCGUAAGCUACUACUGCUAAGUUUUAUUGAAGAAGAAUAUUAAUGUACUUUGGCAACUGACCCAAACCCAAGUCUUAGACUUGGGUACCCAAACCCAAACCCAAGUCUCAGACUUGGGUAUCCAAUACCCAAACCCAAGUCCGAGACUUGGGUACCCAAACCCAAACCCAAGUCCAAGACUUGGGUACCCAAACCCAAACCCAAGUCUCAGACUUGGGUAUCCAAUAUCCAAACCCAAACCCAAUACACCCAAGUCGCUCGGGUUUGGGUUUGGGUUUGUAACAUACCUAGUUCUAGCCACCCUCCAAGCCUUCCAGUAAUAUGUUAGGAAAUAUAAACUAAAUCUCAUAUCAGCAGUCAUCUUUCAAUAUAUACAUUCUUAUCGUCACUCGAUGGUGAUUUUCCCUUUCUGUUCUUCUGAUAUAUGUAUUCACUCUUCUGCUUUUUAUGAUAUGUACUUUCUCUCUUUCUGUUCACUCUUUUCCCAUGGGGAUUUUUCAUCUCUAUUCUUCUCUCUCUCUUGUACAAUAUGUGUUUUUCCCUGUUUUCCUAAGAGAUGUUCCUGUAGCUAAAAUAUACUAUAUACAGUUGUUAAUUUGCUGAAAUAAAACAUGUGUAACAAUUACAUUCUUCUUUGGCUUUUAACCAUUUGAUGCAAAACGAUUCCGAAAGGAAUAACCUCACAAAUAUUCUUAAUUUUUCACGCUAAGGAUCGUUAUAGAAUCUUCUCUGACUUUUGUGUAGCAUCCAUUUUUAACUACUUCAUAAACUACACAAAAAACGUCAUCAAAAAAGAUCAUUGUGCAAUAGUAUCUGCAGUUAUUGAAAAUUAGCUAAGGUCUAAUCACAGUGUCGACUUUAAUGUAUUAUACCUAAAGGCAUGAAGACAUUAGAACAAGUUUAAUACUUUGGAUUUCAUGUUCUUCUAAUGAUCUAUAUUUCCAUUCUACUCUCUGUGUGCUUGAUAACGUUAAUUUCUACCUCAAAUACUAAUGCAAUUGUUUCGAAAUAUCUUAAGUACUCUGAUUUCCUUCUUAAUAUGAAGGUCGAACCACGGACACAUACACGGUCAAUAUUCCAAUGAAAGCAAUGUUGUCAUUAACAUCAUCAUUCAAGACAAUUAAUGAUAAUAAAAAUCUAAUCAUGCAAACAGUUGGAAAUGGUCGAUUAUAUUAUCGUAUUGCAUUGAAUUAUGCUCCAUCAAGUUUACAGUUAAAUGCAGUUAAUUAUGGUUUUAAAAUUGAACGAACAUACGCAGCUGUCAGUGAUUCAUCACAUGUUCAAAAACAAUCAGAUGGCACAUGGAAAUUGAAACUAGGCGAAAAAGUUAAAGUCAUAAUAACAAUGACAACAACACAGCGACGAUAUCAUGUAGUAUUAGUUGAUUAUUUACCGGCCGGUUGUGAAUCAUUAAAUACACAAUUAAAAGGUACGUCGUCAGGUGAUACACAAUCAUCAGUAACAAGAUUAAAAGGAGCUGAUUAUUAUUGUGGAUCUCGACCAUAUUCAACCAUUGGUUGGCCUGAACAUGAAAACUUAAGAGAUGAACGUGUCGAAGCAUUUCGAUCAUUAUUAUGGCCUGGUGUAUACGAAUGGAGGUACAUAAUGCGUGCAACAUGUGCUGGAAUAUUUGUGAUUCCACCAGCUAAAGCUGAAGAAAUGUAUUCUCCAGAAAACUUUGGCCGAUGUACAACAGAAAAGGCUAUAAUCGAAUAA